AUGGAAGGGGGCGAAGGGUUUUGGGAAACCAUCUCAGACGAGCAUGGUAUCGACGCCACUGGAGCCUACCACGGCGAUGCAGUUACCCAGCUGGAACGGAUCAACGUGUACUACAACGUUGUCUCGAAGGGUAAAUACGUGCCACGCGCCGUCCUCGUCGACUUGGAGCCGGGGACAAUGGACGCUGUCAAGGGCGGUCCCUUUGGCAGACUGUUCCGCCCCGACAACUUCGUGUUCGCGCAGGGUGGUGCCGGCAACAACUGGGCCAAGGGCCACUACACGGAGGGCGCCGAACUCGUGGACGCCGUGCUGGACGUGGUCCGCAAGGAGGCCGAGGGCUGCGACUGCCUGCAGGGCUUCCAGCUCACGCACUCGCUGGGCGGCGGCACGGGCUCCGGCAUGGGCACAUUAUUGCUGUCGAAGAUCCGGGAGGAAUAUCCCGACCGGAUCAUGAAGACUUAUUCGGUCGUGCCCUCUCCCAAGGUGUCAGACACGGUCGUAGAACCGUACAACGCCACCUUGUCUGUCCAUCAGCUCGUCGAGAACACGGAUGAGUCGUUCUGCAUAGAUAACGAAGCCUUGUACGACAUCUGCUACCGCACGUUGAAGCUGACGAACCCCACUCUCGGAGACCUGAACCACCUGGUCUCCCUCACCAUGUCCGGGGUCACCACCUGCCUGCGCUUCCCUGGCCAGCUGAACGCCGACCUGAGGAAGUUGGCCGUGAACAUGGUGCCUUUCCCCAGGCUGCACUUCUUUGUGCCCGGCUUCGCCCCGUUGACGGCGCGUGGCAGCCAGCAGUACCGCGCCCUUACUGUCGCAGAGCUCAUGCAGCAGAUGUUCGACGCCAAGAACAUGAUGGCGGCCUGCGACCCACGCCACGGCCGCUACCUCACCGUCGCCGCAGUGUUCAGAGGACGGAUGUCGAUGAAGGAAGUGGACGACCAAGUGAUGAACAUGCAGAAUAAGAAUAGCGUCUACUUCGUUGAAUGGAUUCCGAACAAUAUGAAGACGGCCGUUUGCGACAUUGCUCCGCAGGGCCUCAAGAUGGCCGCCACCUUCAUGGCCAAUACCACCGCUAUUCAGGAAGUUUUCAAGCGCAUAUCUGAACAGUUCAGUGCAAUGUUCAGGCGCAAGGCUUUUCUUCACUGGUACACGGGCGAGGGCAUGGACGAAAUGGAAUUCACGGAGGCAGACUCGAACAUGAUCGACCUAAUUUCUGAAUACCAACAGUACCAAGAAGCCGCUGCAGAAGAUGAAGAGUUUCAGGAAGAACUUGAAGAUGUAGAUCCGGUCGAUGAAGAUUAAUAACACAUUUCAUGUUUUUAUAAUUGCAGAUAGUUGAGAUUUUUUGCUAAUGGAAAUUUAUUACCUUCUGUUGAAAAUGUUAUUA